GGGCCUGCUCUCCCCUUGAGGAAAAAUCCUGUAGCUCGUCCCGGUGACAGCAGGAGCUCCACCACCUGCCGGCGCGGAGAGCCGCGAGAGCUUGCUUCUGCUCUGGGAGCGAGAGUGAAGCUCAUUGGCUCGCAGAGAUGAGUGACAGGCCCCGAGCCAAUGAAAGGCCAAACUCGCCGAGGCGCCUAGGACGGCUGCUUCCUGUGGGGCCUGAGUCCCUCUCAUGCGGGUCGAGAGCCGCGGCCGUCCCGGGCCGAGAGGAAUGGCGGGGUGCACGCGUCGCCGCGGUCGCUCCACGCCAGCUCUGCAGCUCGGAUUCUAACCCAAGCUCCGCGGCCCCGUCCGGCCCACCUCUGCCUCGGGCCUGCGCCCUCCGGAGGUUGCCCGACCUCACACCCGAGGCUGCAGCGGCCCAGCGCAGGCUCUAGGGCCGGGUCGACCUCGAUCGGACGGAACGCGCUGCGGACGGGACGGGCGGCGGGCGGGACUGCGGAUAAAGAGUUGCGUACGGAGGUGGCGGCCAGCAGAGGGCGCGGCCCGAGCAUGGCCGAGGAGCGCCGGGGGUCCUGGUUCGGCUUCGGUUUCUGUGGCUUCGGGCAGGCGCUGGGCUCGGGGCGCGGGCGGCAGGUGCACAGCCCCGAGCCGCUGGCGACACCGGACCCGGGCGCCGACGUCUGCCGCGUGAGCGCCAGCUGGAGCUACACCGCCGUCGUGACCCGUGGAGGCCAACUGCAACUUUCGGGCGCCGCCGGCGGCGCGGCGGGCGGCUGCAGGGACGCGUGGGCCUCGGAGGCGCUCCUCGUGGUGCUGCGCGCCGGGCCGGCAGUCGGGCCCGGGCCGGAGCUGCAGGCCUGGGCGCCGGAUUCGGCGCUGCGCGGGGAGCCCCUGUGGACUCAUACGCUGGUGCCGGAGGCCGGGCGGGAAGACGCCGCGGGCGGGAAGCCCCAGGCCCGGGCGCUGCCCCUGCUGCCCGGCGCGCGCGCCUACGUGAGUCCGCGGCCGCCCUUCUACCGGCCUCUGGCCCCGGAGCUGCGGGCGCGCCGGCUGGAGCUGGGCGGCGAGCACGCCUUGCUGCUGGACGAGGCGGGCCAGGUGUUCUCCUGGGGCCAGGGCAGGCACGGACAGCUGGGCCACGGGACUCUGGAGGCCGCGCCGGAGCCGAGGCUGCUGGAGGCGCUGCAGGGCCUUCCCAUGGCUGAGGUGGCCGCGGGUGGCUGGCACUCCGUGUGUGUGAGCGAGACGGGGGAUAUUUAUGUCUGGGGCUGGAAUGAAUCCGGGCAGCUGGCCCUGCCCACCAGGAGCCUGGCAGAGGAUGGAAAGACUGUUGCCAGGGAAGCCGGCAGGCCGCACGAAGGUGACUCCGACAUGAGGAGAAUGGUGGGGAGUGAGGAUGGAGCCCCGGCCCCCUUCAUAGCCAUCCAGCCCUUCCCCGCUUUACUGGAUCUGCCCCAGGGCGCGGAGGCAGCCCAGGCCAGCUGUGGCUCCCGGCACACGGCGGUGGUGACAAGAACUGGGGAGCUCUACACCUGGGGCUGGGGUAAAUAUGGACAGCUUGGCCACCAGGACACGACCAGCUUGGAUCGGCCCCGCCGUGUGGAAUAUUUUGUAGAUAAGCGACUGCAAGUCAGGGCCGUGAGCUGUGGGCUCUGGAACACCUACGUGUACGCUGUGGAGAAACAGGAGAGCGGACAGCCGUAGCCACGGGUGUGAAGUGCGCGCGCGCUAGAGUAGAUGGUACACUUACACCCGUGAAGCACCCCCGAGCCAAGGAAACCACUGCCGGACCCCCAGAUGCCCCCCAUUUGCCCUCCCUGCCACAGCCCUCCUGCCCUGCCCUAGAGCCCCGUCUUCAACUUCGUCCUCAUGUUGAACACGCCUAAAGAGCUUUGGAAGGGCAUGGCCAAGGCCAGCAGGGCAGACACCGUGAAAUCCAAAGGUCUGGGGCGGGGAGCCUGGGGGUGUGGGCAGAUCGCCAAGCUCCCCCAGCUGACCCGGGGUGAUUUGAGGUCGUGUGGAGAUUGGGGACCAGCAGGGGUCGUCUUGGUCAUCUUUCCUCACCUGUUUUCAUUUAGGAUUGUACCACUGCGUCCGUAUUCGGUAGAGUUUAGUUUGUUUGCUUUGGAUUUUAUGUGACUGGAGUCCCUCUGUGGCUGUCCCUUUGUGUCAUGUUUCUUCUUUCACCACCGUAUGAUCCGUCCGUGUUGUGCUCUGCAGUCCAUUCAUUUUUACUGUCCUGCCGUGUUCCAUCGUGUGAAUAUACCUCAUUGUAUAUUCUUCUGUUGGUGGUCAUUUUUCCUUUUAUUGAGUUAAAAUACACAUAAA